GAGCAGGUCUUACAGCAAUUGAUUAAAUCCAACAAAUCCUUCAAAUAUAUCGACGUGCGCUAUAAUCCAGAAGAAUGGCGCCGGUCUUCAGACGGCCACCUCUUGCUUCUGGGAUAACGCAACGGACGGCCACUCGACCAUCCGGUGGGAGAAUAAGAGCCUUCACUCCAUUGUCCAGAUCUUCGCCAUCGCUGUCUGAACCCAACGGUCGCUAAUCACCACUCGAUGGACGAGUAUUUUGUUUGUAUUUAUACCACAUUUGAUACGUUAAUUAAAAACACAUUUUUAUUUUUUCGUUUAAAUUUAAUGUUUUAAUGAAAUUUAAUGAAAAUUUAUGUGAAAUCGAU